AAUUUCUGACUGCCUGCGCAUCAAGCAUCAGACGCUGCCCGAGUAUCAUGCAAUUCUCUUCCAAAUUUCAAUCGUACGGCUCGAGAGCUGAAGAAGGUCGCGGGUUCGAGUCUUCUCCUUCUCCUCUCUACUUCGCCAUUUCUAUAUUCUUCUUUCCACAGAUCUGAGAGCAGAACAGAACACAGAAGCGGAACAGAUUCCGAUCCAAAGAGCUUCCUCCAAACAGUGUGACGGCUAAUCAUUUGUUGGGCUUUUCAUCAUUGCAGUUUUCCGCUAUUUGGUUUGGUCUGUUAAAUGUUCAUUUGCUGAAAUAUCCACAACAUGGCUUCUGCGUCGAGCAAAGAGGGUGACUCCUAUGGUGAGACACAUGAUAUCCAAAAGAAUGGAUUUGAUUUAGGAUUGUUUGUUGGGGACUUGGCUUUUGAGGAUGAUGCUUGCAGUGAUGAUGUAUCACUGGAGGGGCUACAACAAGAACUAGAAGAAUGUAAGAAUGACGAUGUAGUGGCAAAUAUAUUGGCUAAAGGCACAAAAUUGCGUGAAUAUGCGAAGGGUGUUGAAAAGGAUGUGCGUCAAGUUGAAUUGGACUCAAUUCAGGACUACAUAAAAGAGAGUGAUAACUUGGUCUCCCUACAUGAUCAAAUUCAUGAUUGUGAUGGCAUUUUAUCACAGAUGGAAACUCUUCUCAGUGGAUUCCAGGCUGAGAUUGGUUCCAUAAGUUCAGAAAUAAAAAGUCUUCAGGAGAAGUCUAUGGGUAUGGGUCUGAAGCUGAAAAAUCGCAAGGUAGCAGAGUCGAAAUUGGCGAGAUUCGUUGAAGACAUUAUUGUCCCCCCAAGGAUGGUUGACAUAAUUGUUGAUGGGGAGGUGAAUGAUGAAUAUAUGAGAACACUUGAGUUGCUAAGUAAGAAGCUAAAAUUUAUUGAAGUGGACUCUAUGGUCAAAUCGUCAAAGGCUCUGAAAGAUGUUCAGCCUGAACUGGAAAAACUUCGGCAAAAGGCAGUCUCAAAGGUAUUUGACUUCACUGUUCAAAAGCUUUACGCCUUGAGAAAGCCCAAAACAAAUAUUCAGAUCCUACAACAAAGCGUUCUUCUAAAAUACAAGUAUGUGGUUCUUUUUCUUAAAGAACAUGGCAAGGAGAUUUACGGCGAGGUUCGUGGCGCCUAUAUUGACACAAUGAACAAGGUACUAAGUGCACAUUUCCGUGCUUACAUACAAGCACUGGAGAAACUACAACUGGAUAUAGCAACAGCAAAUGAUUUGAUUGGAGUGGAGACCAGGAGUACUAGCCUUUUUUCAAGAGGGAGAGAACCUUUGAAGAACCGAUCUGCUGUUUUUGCAUUGGGGGAGAGGAUAAACAUUUUAAAGGAAAUUGAACAACCUGCAUUGAUUCCACAUAUAGCCGAAGCUAGCUCUCUGAAGUACCCUUAUGAAGUUCUCUUUAGGAGCUUGCAUAAGCUUCUGAUGGAUACUGCUACUUCAGAAUAUCUUUUCUGUGAUGAUUUCUUUGGGGAAGAAUCUAUUUUCUACGAAAUAUUUGCAGGACCAUUUGCGGUUAUUGAUGAACAUUUCAAUUCAAUUCUUCCAAAUUUUUACGAUGCAAUAGGUUUAAUGCUUAUGAUCCGCAUAAUACACCAACAUCAGUUAAUUAUGUCUCGACGUAGGAUUCCAUGCUUGGAUUCGUACUUGGAUAAGGUCAAUAUUGCGCUGUGGCCUCGUUUCAAAAUGGUCUUUGACAUGCACCUCAACAGCUUGCGUAAUGCCAAUGUAAAGACAUUAUGGGAGGACGAUGUUCAUCCACAUUAUGUCAUGAGACGUUAUGCCGAGUUCACAGCCUCACUUAUUCAACUCAAUGUUGAAUAUGGAGAUGGUCAGCUUGAAUUGAAUCUGGAUCGACUUCGAAUGGCCGUUGAUGAGUUGCUUAUUAAGCUUGCCAAAACAUUCACCAAGCCAAAGCUGCAAACAGUGUUCCUCAUAAACAAUUAUGAUAUGACUAUUGCUGUGUUAAAGGAAGUAGGUACAGAAGCUGGGAAGGCACAGAUGUAUUUUGAAGAUCUGCUGAAGACCAACACCGCUAUUUUUGUGGAAGAAUUGCUGCUGGAGCAUUUCAAUGAUCUUAUCAAAUUCGUAAAGACCCGUGCCUGUAAGCAUCGAAACAAAACCUUACAGCUAAAUCCUGGACAUUCAAUUAAAAAAAAAAAAAACCAUAAAGAGAAGCUUAUUUACAUGAUGUUUGUAUCAGCCGAAGACCCGAGUUCUAGCUUAGAGAAACACAUCACCGUCGCUGAUGUUGAACCGCUGGUCAAAGAUUUCGCAAGCCGAUGGAAAGCGGCAAUAGAGCUAAUGCACAAAGACGUCAUUACUUCUUUCAGCAACUUCUUGUGCGGCAUGGAGAUUUUAAGAGCCGCACUGACGCAGCUGCUUCUUUAUUACACCAGGCUGACGGAUUGCAUAAAGAGAAUUGUAGGCGGCAAUGCGCUGAACAAGGAUCUGGUUUCCAUAUCGUCGAUAAUGUACGAGAUCAGAAAGUACUCGAGGACAUUUUAGUCCUUGGGGUCAUUGAUGGGGGACCCACAAACCAGAGCUCUGGUCUGGAAAAUGAGGCUUUUGAUAAGACUGCCAUGGUUUUUGUUUCAUGUUUUUUUAUCAUAUACGGUCAUUGUGCAAUAGAUGGUUGUCAUAGUUUUGCCAGUGAUGUCUGAUUUAGAAUCUGCAGUUUCUUUUAUAAUAUAAUUAUAGGUGAGCUUAUUUCCA